AUGGACCUCUACGAGACAGAUGGGUACCGCUCAGCCAUCAUGAAAGGCAAAGAGUCUUUUGAGGAAUUGGAGACAUACAUCGACCUGUACCUGAUACAUUCCCCUCAUCAUCCCUACGAACGAAUCGGUAUGUAUCGUGGCCUGGAGGAGCUCCAGAGGCAAGGUAUCGUCAAAUCAAUUGGGGUGAGCAAUUUCGGUGUCAAACACCUUCAAGAAUUGCUCGACUCUCCAGAGACGUCUGUCGUCCCCGCGGUCAAUCAGGUCGAGAUUCAUCCGUUUCUUCUGCGAAAUGAUAUAGAGGAAUUCUGCGCCGCCCAUGGCAUUGUUGUGCAAGCCUAUUCGCCGCUGGCAAAAGCCAAACGAAUGGACGAUGAAACGAUCAACGCCAUCGCCGGUGGCCACGGUGUCUCUGUUGCGCAGGUAGGAUUUGUGACUGUCGCAUACGGCACUGUGUAUUGUAUGGUGGGUGUGCAUGGCUUUCCGGCUGAAGCAUUAGUGCGGAAUUGGUUGAAGUCAUUGGUACUUCGAGUGAUAUGUCCGAAUAUAUAAUUGCAGCUGAACGGCUGUGUACUGAAGUGAGCGGUUUGUUAUCGGCCACAUCCCGUGUGUGAGUGUUGUGCUGGUGGCGCCAUUCUCUGUACAAACCAAUACCGUCCUGCAUGCAUGCUACCGUGUCGAGAUUGUCAGUAGUGGUGUGUGGAAGAGUCGUCUCGUGGUAGUGCAGCGAUAGUUUUUGGUUGUGAAAUAGAUAAUAGUUGACGUAUUGGAUAGGACGGUGGCUCAGUAUCUGUUCAGCAUAUUAAAUCAAAUCUUGGUAAGCAGCAAAUGCUGGUGGUUAUGUGUGUAUGGUAUUGAUCUAUAGAUACGCGAGAGGUACACAGUGCGCUUCGGGUAGUGCGAAGUGAGUCAAGUUGUUUAUCAAAUUGAGAUCAUGUGAUCAAAGAUAAUUUGUAUUGUUGUUGGAAUUGACAAGCCGCAAAGGUCGGCUGCGCCUGUCGAGUAUUUUGCGGGCUACUGGAGUAGAAACCGCUAACUGCAGUUUUAGCUAGAACUAAUUAAUGCGUAUGUGUUAACAUCCUCGCCAAACCGUGUCGCUUCAGUUUUAAACGUUAUGCAAACGUAUGUCUCGCUAGUAUUUCAUCUGUCCAUACAACUUUACGGUGCCGAAUUCCUGCGGG